CUGCGCAAUGUCGCCAUGGGGAGUUAACUUACCGAGUAAACGAUACUAAUGUAAUUUUUUAUAUUUUGUGAAUUCAUGGUAAUACAUGCCCAUAAAUCAGCCGUUUUAGAAGUGUUCUCUUUUUGAAAGUCAUGCGGCGGAGUAAGGUUGAGGUGGACCGGUACGUCUCCACAGUACAGAGUUCCUCUCCCUCACUCAAAGAGAAGCCCAUCAAAGGGUUUUUAUUCGCCAAGUUGUACUUUGAAGCAAAGGAAUAUGAACUUGCAAAAAGACAUGUAUCAGAGUACCUCAAAGUCCAGGAGAGGGAUCCGAAAGCACACAAAUUCCUUGGACAACUCUACGAGAGAGAGGGUGACGUCAACAAGGCAGUAGGAUGUUACAAGCGGUCUGUGGACUUAAAUCCAGCCCAGAGGGACCUGGUGCUGAAGGUGGCCGAGUUGCUUGUCAGUAAGCAGGAAUGUGAAAGCAGGGCAGAGUUUUGGGUGGAGAAAGCAGCCAAACUCCUUCCAGGAAACCCUGCAGUCUUCAACCUUAAGGAGCGUUUAUUGAGUCGCCAGGGCCAGCCAGGAUGGAACCGAUUGUUCGACCUCCUUCAGGCGGAGCUGACAGCGCGGCCAGCUGACGCUCAUGUGAACGUGAAGCUGGUGCAGCUGUUCUGUCAGGAUGGGCGGCUGGAUGAAGCGGUUAAGCAUUGCCUGGCUGCUGAGAAACGGGGCAUGCUGAGCAACAGCCUGGACUGGUACACAGUGGUGGUGCACACACUGCAGGAGUAUCUAGCUCAGCCCAGCGUCAUUAGUAAUGAGAAGAUGUGUCGGCGCCUGCAGAGAGAGCUGCUGCUGGCCCACUGCGGCCUGCUCAAAAUCACACUGUCUGAGAGCAGCAUGCAGCCCAGCCUUGAUGCACUCACUAGUUUUGACCAGGCCAUGCAGACGCUGAGCAGCAUCGCUGGCAAGCAUGCAGACGAACUCUGCGAGGUGUUUGUGGAGAUGCGAGGUCACCUCUACCUGCAUGCUGGCACCCUGCUGCUGAAGCUGGCUCAGGACCACCAACAGUCCUGGAGGGCCAUCAUUGACCUGGUUGCACUGUGCUACCUGCUGGCACACCAGGUACCCAGACCAAAGCCUAAAGUCUCUAAAAGAGACCAGUCGGCCCCUCAGCUCCUGGAGCUGCUGGCCAACGACCGACAGAGUCAGGCCGGACACAUGUUGCUCAAUCUGAGCACGGAUGCAUCCACUUUGAUCAGAGAGGUGGUGGAGGCGUUUGGGAAUCCUAAAGGUCUGGACUCUCUGUUUGAACUCCUGUUUGGACCACAGGCCUCCACCACAUCUUCUUUUAUUGCCAACGAUGACAUUCGUUCCAUCCACACCAUGGCUCCAGAGCUCUCUCAACUCGCCAAAUGUGAUGCUGGCUCCAUCCUGCUGCAUGCUGGUGACUUGCAACAUCUGGGCUGGUUGGGGCUCCAGUGGACCCUCCUGGCCCAGAGACCGGCCAUGCGGGACUGGCUACAGCAGCUCUUUCCCAGGCUCACUCUGGAAACCUCCAAACUGGACACCAACGCACCAGAAUCCAUCUGCCUGCUCGACCUGGAGGUGUUUUUAUAUGGUGUGGUGUUCUGUAGCCACUGUCAGCUCCAGGAAACUGCAAAGAUCAACAGCGGAGGGAACCAGCAGCAACAACAGCAGCUGUACGAGCCUCGCUGCCUCCCCCUUCCUCUCCUCCGCCUCCUGACCACCGACAGACAGAGGGAGUGGUGGGACGCUGUCUACAGCCUCAUUCACAAACAAGCAGCUCCUGGCAUGUCGGCUAAACUGCGGAUGAUUGUGCAGCAUGGACUCAGCACUCUGAGGGCUGGAGAAAAAAAUGGACUCCAACCAGCGCUGGCCAUCCACUGGGCACAAUGUCUCAGCCAGAUGGGUGAUGGAGUGAACUCAUACUACGACCAGAAGGAGUAUGUCGGCCGCAGUGUUCAUUACUGGAAAGUUGUACUUCCACUGUUGGAGAAGAUCAAAAACAGACGCAGUAUACCAGAACCACUUGAGCCCCUCUUCAAGCACUUUCCCUCCAAAGACAUUCAGAUUUCUUCUGUGAAGGGAUAUGAAGAGGAAGCCUAUGUGGCAUAUGCAGCUCUUCUUGACAUUGAAGGCAAAACAGAGGAGGCCAUUGCUACCUUGGAAACUAUCAACAACAUGUCAUCCAUCUGGCAGUUAGCACAGAUCUACCAGCGGCUUUCAGAGGAGGCCAGCAACGGGGUUGAGGAGACCCAGGACAGGUGCAUCACUUUCCUGAGGAAGUUUAGGACCUACCUGUCUAAGAUCUACAAUGCUAAUGCCGAUGAGAUUGAGAGGCUGCCUGUCUCCAUGGAGGAAGUUGUUGACCUCCUGAAUGAUGUAAACCAGCAGCUAGGUGACAGUGCGGAGGGAAUGGAUGACGAGGAGGAGGAGGAGAGACUAAGAGGACCAGUUCAUUCCAGCCCAGCUCCCCCCCAAGAAACCUCCGCCAGUAUAUCACACAUUAAGUUUACAGCUCCCUCUCCGAACAAAAGCCUCAUCUCUCCUUCCAAAAGACACCUGAUUUCCCCCAAGACACCACCUCAUUGGGUGGAGGACCAGAAAAGUCUCCUCCAGAUGCUGUGUCAACAAGUUGAAGCCCUCAAGAAUGAGGUUCAUGAUCUGAGACACAACUCUUCAGGGAACGCAGACUCCCCUCACCACAAGAUGUAUGGUGAGAGCUAUGGGGCUGAGGGCCUGCAGGAGCCCUUUACCCCAGUCCAGUCCUACCACGGGGCCCCCCUAACAGUUGCCACCACAGCGCCCUCAGUGUACUACAACCAGUCUCCAGCUUAUAACUCUCAGUAUCUCCUGCGCCCAGCAGCAAAUGUAACCCCCACUAAGUCCCAAAUGUAUGGUAUGAACCGUAUGCAACCUCAACAGCAUAUGUAUGCCUACCAGCAGCCCAAUCAUACUCCUCCACUCCAGACAGCCCCAGCCUGCAUUUACCCUCCUCAAGAGGUCUUUGGUGCCCCUCUUCGCUUUGAAUCACCAGCCACAAGCCUUCUGUCCCCAUAUAGUGAAGAAUAUUAUGGGCAGAGUGUAACCCAGCCAACCACUAACCCUCCCCUUCCUGAGCCUGGCUACUUCACCAAGCCAACUGUAGUCCCUGUGCAGCCACCGAGGAGCAUUGACGGGAAGCCUAUGGACUUUGGGAAGCUGUCCUUCAGCCAGCAGGUCCCCGCUGAGGUCCCCAGAGUGCCUAGUUUUGGAGCAGGUGCAAUUGCCCCGUCAGGGUCUCCAGCUUCUUUUAAAUUCAACUCCAACUUCAAAUCAAACGAUGGAGACUUCACAUUCCCAGGUUCCCAGGCCAAACACAGUGAAAGCCUGCUUGGUCUUCUUACAUCAGAAAUUCCCACCAAAACGGACACUGCCCCAGAGAACCCUCCAGGCCAGGAGCAGCCCUCCAGCCAAACAAGCCUCUUCACCUUCGGCAACAAAACUGUUGCCGGCUUCUCCUUUACUGAUCCUGCACAAAGCCCGGGCACUGGGAGUCUUUUUGCAAAGACGGAGCAGCCAUUCAAAUUUGGUGACGUUACCAAGCCAGUGUUUGGAGUCGCACCUGCAGCAGAAGAGGAAAGAGCAGCAGAGAGCGACAAUGAAAGCACUCACGUUGAGGAGGAUGAGGAUGGUCCUCACUUUGAACCCAUUGUACCUUUGCCUGAUAAAGUGGAUGUGAAAACGGGUGAGGAGGAGGAGGAGGAAAUGUUUUGCAAUAGAGCAAAGCUGUUUCGAUUUGACACAGACACAAAAGAGUGGAAGGAGCGGGGCAUCGGUAUGGUUAAAAUCCUAAAGCACAGCUCUAAAGGAAAGGUCCGGCUCCUUAUGAGAAGGGAACAGGUCCUGAAGAUCUGUGCAAACCACUACAUCAAUGCUGAUAUGCUACUCAAACCAAAUGCCGGCUCAGACAAAUCCUGGGUGUGGAAUGCCAUUGAUUAUGCAGAUGAAGAGCCUAAGACCGAACAGCUGGCCAUCCGAUUCAAAACCACAGAUGAGGCAUCCCUUUUCAAAGCUAAGUUUGAGGAAGCCCAGCAAGUUGUGCUCAAUUCGGCAGACAAAGCUGAUCAACAGGAGAAGAAAGAGGAAAGUGUAAAGGUUUCGUCAUCACUGGCAGCUCAGUUUGCCAUUAAAGACGGGGAAUGGGAAUGCCAUGUUUGCUGUGUUAGAAAUAAACCCACAGAUAUGCGAUGUGCCGCUUGUCAAACUGCUAAUCCCAAUUCUUCAUCCAAGCCAGACAUUCAAGCAGAUGUUGAAACCAAAGCCAGUCCCUUUAGCUUCAAAUUUGGGACUGAUUCGUCAAAACCCAGUAGUUCUGGCUCUCCAUUUUCUGGGUUUGGUGCUUUUGGAGCAUCUGUCCCCUCCUCAUUUACAUUUGGCACCAGCACCUCAAAACCUGCUGACACAUUAGAUAUUCCUUUUGGCUGGCUUUGCGGCUGGCUUUGGGCUGGCUUUGGGGCUGGCUUUGGCAAGAAGCCCGGUCAGUGGGACUGUGAUGUAUGCGCAGUGAGAAACGAGGCCUCUGCAGACAGUUGCAUAUCUUGUAAAGCCCCUGAACCUAAAACAACUGCAACAGCAAAAGCUGCACCAGCUGCAGAUGCACACUCUACUUCAACUGUUGACUCAGGGUUUGGUGCGAUUUUUGGCAAAAAGGCCGGUCAGUGGGACUGCAAUGUUUGCGAAGUAAGAAAUGAGGCCUCUGCAGACAGUUGUGUUUCUUGUACAAGUCUUAAACCUAAAACAACUGCUACAGCACAAACAGCACCACCUGCAGAUGCACCCUCUGUACUUGCAUUUGCCUCUGGGUUUGAAGCCAAGUUUAGCAAGAAGGCUGGUCAGUGGGACUGCAAUGUUUGUGAAGUAAGAAAUGAAGCCACUGCUGUAAAGUGUGUCGCCUGUAAUACCCUGAACCCUGCUGCUAAAUCAACAGAUGGGGCUCCAGUUACCUCCAAUCCGCCAGCAGUAUUUGGGGCUGCUACGACAAAAAAGGAUGAGCAGUGGGACUGUGAUUCCUGCCUGGUCAGAAAUGAGGCAUCAGCUGCUGAAUGCAUUUCUUGCAAUUCUCUACGUCCUCCUUCCUCUCUAAAAGCCAUGUUUGACAAGAAGGAUGGGGAAUGGGAUUGUGACAUUUGUCUGGUGAGAAACAAUGCUUCUGCAAAUAAAUGUUUGGCAUGUCAAACACCAAAUCCUAAUGCUAAAAGUACAACCAGCACCGCUCCCUCUGCCUCAACGUUUAGCUUUUCAUUUGGAACUAAGAGUUCAUCAAGCCAGCCUGCUGGAACUGGAUUUUCAAUGCCUUUUGAAGCUAGCAGCACUUUUCAGUUUGGUCAAAACAAAGAGAAAAGCUCAGCUGCCUCUUUUAAGUUUGAAGUUCCUCAGGCUGCAUCUAGUACCACAAGUGCUUCAGGCUUUUCCUUCACAAUGCCAGUUCAAGACGGUGGCUUCAAGUUUGGAAUUCAGGACUCUGCAGCCGAAACUCCCUCAAAUGAUAAUCAAACACCUCCAUCAGGGUCAGCCUCCAGUUUUCUGAAAAGCAUAGCUGAAAAGCACAAGGAACAAGAAAAUGUGUCUUCAGCCUCAGUGGGCCAAACGGAGCAAGAUCAAAAUCCAUUAAUUUCUGGAAACACCAGUACGUUCAGUUUUGCAGACUUGGCCGGCUCCACUGAAGGGGACUUCCGCUUUGGCCAGGCCGACCCAGAUUUCAAGGGCUUCACCAGGGCUGGUGAACAGCUGUUCUCCACCCCCACCAAGACAGUCCCCCCCAACAACGAGCUAGAUGACGACGGCAUGUAUAAAACAGAGGAAAAUGACGACAUCCAGUUUGAACCAGUGGUCCAGAUGCCUGAUCGGGUGGACGUGGUAACGGGAGAGGAAGACGAACUGGUUCUUUAUUCUCAGCGUCUCAAACUGUUCAGAUUCGACCUGGACACCAGUCAGUGGAAAGAGCGUGGCGUAGGGGUCCUUAAAUUCUUAAAAAACAACACUAAUGGUAGGCUAAGGGUGCUGAUGAGAAGAGAACAAGUUCUGAAGGUGUGCGCCAACCACUGGAUCAACACCACCAUGAAUCUGAAGCCCCUGGCAGGCUCAGACAAAGCAUGGAUGUGGAUGGCUAGUGACUUCUCCGAUGGAGAUGCUAAACUUGAACAGUUGGCUGCCAAGUUUAAGACCCCAGAGCUCGCAUUGGAGUUCAAAGAGAAGUUUGAAGAGUGUCAGAGACUUCUUUUGGACAUUCCCUUACAAACCCCUCACAAACUUGUUGACACAGGCAGAACAGCACGCCUCAUUCAGAAAGCAGAGGAAAUGAAGUCUGGUUUGAAAGACCUGAAGUUAUUUUUGACAGACGAGAAAACAAAGAUCAAAGAUGAGGACAGCCAGGGAGACGUUACAACCUCCAGCAAUGUCUCAAACCUUGCAAUCAAGCCUCACGGUGAAACCACCGGCCCCACCUUGGAGUGGGAUAACUACGACCUCAGAGAGGAGGCUUUGGAGGAUACUGCUGACUCCUCAAUCUAUGCCUCUCCUCUUGCCAGCAGCCCCCCGAGGAAAAACCUUUUUCGCUUUGGAGAGUCAACCAGUGGCUUCAGCUUCAGCUUCCAACCUGGCAUCAGCCCCUCCAAGUCUCCUGCUAAGCUUAACCAAAGCAGAGCCUCAGUGGGUACUGAUGACGAACAGGAUGUAUCCCAGGACGAGGAGAGGGACGGCCAGUACUUUGAACCUGUUGUCCCCUUGCCUGAUCUGGUGAAUGUUUCCACAGGGGAAGAAAAUGAACAGGUGGUCUUCAGUCACAGAGCCAAACUGUAUCGCUAUGAUAAGGCACUGGGUCAGUGGAAGGAGAGGGGCAUCGGAGACCUUAAGGUCUUGCAGAGUUAUGACACCAAACGAGUGAGGUUGAUAAUGAGGAGAGACCAGGUACUCAAGAUCUGCGCCAACCACCGGAUCACAUCCGCCAUGAAGCUGGAACCCAUGAAGGGCGCGGAGAAGGCCUGGGUCUGGAGUGCCAUGGACUUUUCUGAAGUCGUAGAGGGAAAUAUUGAGCAGCUAGCUGUGAGAUUCAAGCUGCAGGACACUGCGGACACAUUCAAACGGGUAUUUGAAGAGGCCAAGGUCGCCCAAGAAAAAGAGGAACUCAUGACUCAAGUGAUAGAGAGCAAUUCCACGCCUCAAGACAGCGAACCUACUGCUUCUGCCCAGAGUGCUACAGCUUUGUGUGGGAAGGCAGCCAUCGCAGUUCUGGAAGAGACCACAAAGGAACGUACCGAACUCCCCCCCGACAGUAUGCCAAUCACAGCUGGGUCUCCAAGUCCAGUCAACCCCUCAAAGACCGUGGUGUCCCCCCCUAAGUUUGUCUUCGGCACUCAAAGCCUUCAGAAAAUCUUUGGUUUUGCUAAAUUUCCCUCUGAGGCUGAGGAAUCUGCAUCCGGUUUGAAAGCCGAAGAUGGAUGUUCUACAAAGGCUUCAUCAGCAGGACCUGCAUUCAAAAUCCCAGAGCAAGGGCCCCCCCAGGCAGAAGGAGGUAGUGUUGGGUCGUACGAGGACUCUGAGGUGGAGGUUGUGUACGUCAGGGCACCAACUGCUGAGCAAGCAGCUUUAGCCCAGGAACUCCUGCUGCCUCCCACCUUCUUCUGCUACCAGAACGAACCAGGCUACACCAGCGACGACCAGACUGAUGACGAGGACUUUGAGUCAGCAGUAAAAGCCUUGAAUGGAAAGCUCUACCUGGAUUCUCCUGAGAGAAAGGCUGCAGCAUUUGGUGAUGAGUCAGACUGCCAGUUUGUGUGGGAGAAGAAGCCGACACCGGAGGAGGAGGAGAAGGCCAGGAGGUUCCAGCUGCCCCCCACUUUCUUCUGCGGCCUGAGCACCACAGACAGUGACACGGACCCCGAGAAGCAUGAAGACUUCGAGACAGAAGUCCGCAAGGCUCAUCAAGACCUGGCUGAAAAGGCCUCCAGCAGCCCCGCUGUAGAGGAGCCGACGUCCAGCAGCCCCGCUGUAGAGGAGCCGACGUCCAGCAGCCCCGCUGUAGAGGAGCCGACGUCCAGCAGCCCCGCUUUAGAGAGGCCAACGUCCAGCAGCCCCGCUGUAGAGGAGCCGACGUCCAGCAGCCCCGCUGUAGAGGAGCCGACGUCCAGCAGCCCCCCUGUAGAGAGGCCGACGUCCAGCAGCCCCGCUGUAGAGGAGCCGACGUCCAGCAGCCCCGCUGUAGAGGGGCCGACGUCCAGCAGCCCCGCUGUAGAGGGGCCGACGUCCAGCAGCCCCGCUGUAGAGGAGCCGACGUCCAGCAGCCCCGCUGUAGAGGGGCCGACGUCCAGCAGCCCCGCUGUAGAGGAGCCGACGUCCAGCAGCCCCGCUCUACAGGAGCCGACGUCCAGCAGCCCCGCUCUACAGGAGCCGACGUCCAGCAGCCCCGCUCUAGAGGGGCCGAUGUCCAGCAGUCCCGCUGUAGAGGAGCCGACAUCAGGCUCGAUAUUCAGCAGCACUGAGGUUACGAGCAGCACGUUCACACCCGGGGGGCAAACAGAGCCUCAGAUUGACGCUCCCAGCAGCAGCUCUCCCAUUGACCUGUCGACUAAGAAGAGCCCAGAGCCAGAGAGCAACCCCUGGGCUGCAGCAUUCACAGCUGCUCCAGACUCCUCCGGCUUUGGCUUCGUGACGUUGGGAGGUUCCUCUUUUGCUGAUUUGGCCAAAACCACAGACGCGUUUGCAUUUGGAGGUCAAGACUCCAACUUCUCUUGGGCAAACGCUGGAGCAGCGGUAUUCGGAGCGGGCGUGACUUCUGCGCCAAAUAACGGCGGCGGUGAGGAAGGCAGUGAUGAAGAGGACGCUAAUAAUGCGGACAUUUACUUUGAGCCUAUCGUGUCCCUGCCAGAGGUGGAGACCAAGUCUGGAGAGGAGGAUGAGGAGAUCCUGUUCAAGGAGCGCGCCAAGCUCUACCGAUGGGACCGCGACCUCAACCAGUGGAAGGAGCGUGGGGUCGGUGACCUCAAGAUCCUCUACCACCCAACCAAACGCUUCUACCGGAUCCUGAUGAGGAGAGAGCAGGUGCUGAGGGUUUGUGCCAACCACACCAUCAUACCGGCCAUGGAACUCAAACCCAUGAACGCCUCGGCCAACGCGCUGCUCUGGACCGCCACCGACUACUCAGAUGGCGACGGCGUAGUGGAGCAGCUAGCGGCCAAGUUCAAAACCCCAGAAAUAAUGGAAUCCUUCAAGAAGACCUUCUGCGAGUGUCAGAGCCGCUCGGGCCAGACAGAAGGCGACGCCGGGUUCGACUCAUCGCCACAGAUGUCUAGAGUUCAGGAGCACUCCAGAGACACAAACCCCCGGGUGUUCCUCAAGGUGACGGCCGACGGACAACCGCUGGGCACGAUUACCAUCGAGCUCUUCUCUCACAUCGUCCCCAAGACGGCGGAGAACUUCAGGGCCCUCUGCACCAGAGAGAAAGGCUUCGGGCUCCGGGACUCCAUCUUCCACAGAAUCAUACCGGCCUUCAUGUGUCAGGGAGGCGACAUCACCAACAGUGAUGGCACAGGAGGAAAGUCCAUCUACGGCAGCAGGUUUGAGGAUGAGAACUUCGAUGUUCGGCACACGGGCCCAGGCAUUCUGUCGAUGGCCAAUCGCGGCCGCGACACCAACAACUCGCAGUUCUUCAUCACCUUGAAGAAAGCCGAACACCUGGACUUUAAACACGUGGCUUUUGGGUGGGUGCGGGAUGGCAUGGACGUGGUGCUGCAGAUGGGAGAGCUGGGCACAAAGGGAGGCCCGCCCACAAAGAAGCUGGUCAUCACAGACUGUGGACAGCUGUAGCUUUUGAAAGGAGGACUUAAAGAUUUACAGUCUUCUUUAGGCUAUACAGCUUUGAUAAAACAAGACUUUGGAUAAUGAUGUUUACCCUCCUGCUCAAACUGAAUCUUUAGUCAUUAGGAAUAUGAGAAUUAUACAGUGAUCACCGGAGUUCUAGACCUUUCAUCAUAGAGACUUGGCUCUGGUAUUCUGGAAAUAGAGAUGUCAUCCUUUUCAACACAAUCACAAAUGGGAAACAUGGUGUAGUAUGUGGGAGGAGGCAAACAUAGUAUACUUUUUUCCUGUUGCACUUGUAUCUUUAUCAUCCUGUCAAUACAUUCAAGUAUUUGUUUAUUAUGUGUGUAUAAUAAUUGUACAUGGUUAACUAUUUUAAUGUUCUUUUUUUGUUAUUUUGUCUUGCACGUGCUUUCAAUGUGCUGUGCUGUUCCUCUUCAUAAGCGCCACUUGGGAAUCUGUUCCCCUUUUUGAGGGAGUGUCCCUUUUUUUAGAGGAUGUCUUAAAUAUAACUGCAAGGUGAAGUUAAUGUUUGGAUGCAGCUGUAGGUUUGUAACUACUAUUUACUGAAGGGCUCCCCGAUGAUUAUUCUUUGUGUUGGAUGCACAAUGUGCAGAUCAUUUGACUUCACACAUUAACUUGAGUCAUCUCUCUGACCCUGUGGAGAGAGCUCUGCUGAAUAAUGACAGUUUUGAUUUUACAAAGGCAAACCAUUAUAGUUUGAGAUAUUCAGAGUUGAAAUGGUGCUUGUUGUACUAAAAUAUGCUGAUAAAGAAAAAUAAAGUUGCUUUACAAGUA